ACAUUUUAGAGGCGGACCACACGGCGCAUGCGCAGUUUAUAGUUCCGCUGUUUCUUAUAUUAUGGAAUAACGGGACGCCUUCAGUAUUAUUGGUUUUUUUUUGGAUAUUUUCUUUCCAUUACAAGUUAAAACAUGAUGGAUAACAGAUGUAAUUUGCGGUUUGCCCUUGUGAUUCUUCUAAUUCAUGAAGUGUCAUUGCAGAGCAUCACAAUUGAAGCUGUUCAAGGAGACUCUGUGAUUUUACUGUGUUCAGCUCGUGGCUAUGAAAAGGACGUAUUCUGGCGACACAAUAACACUAAGACAGUGUAUGACAUCAUCGAAGGUAAAGAGGAUUUUCAUGACCAGGAUGCUGUGUUCAGGGGCAGAGUCAAAGGUUUUCCAUCAAAGUUCACAGAAGGGAAUUACAGCAUCAGACUGAGUGAUGUGAUCUACAGUGAUGCAGGAAAUUACAGUUGCAAAAUCCCAAACUCCAAAACUGUCCAUGUAGAACUGAGGAUUAAAGGAAGCGGCCGUAACAGCGGCAUAACGACAAGCACAGACUGGGUAGCAGUGUUUCAGCUCGUCUGCGUUCUCUUAUUCGGAUUCACUCUCUAAAGAAGAAAGGAAGUGAAACGUGUGGAAAGAUCGUGCCGUCAUGCAACACUAGUUCUAAGUUCUAAGUUCUAUGCAGUUAGGGCACAAGUGCUUACAUAGUUUUAAAAGAUGUAAUGUGGGUUUACGAAGUCUACACACCUUUAGGAAAUUGCAGGUUUUUAAAAUAUAAAGACAAAUAACAACAUGUAUGUCAGACUUGAAAGUGAACCUACAGCAAACCGAAAUCCUGAAAAAAUAUAUUAUAUUCGGGGAUAUUUAAAAUUAAAAAAACCUACAACGCACUAAUACCAUAAGUCUUUCAUAAUGACCUCUCCUUAGAUUUUUUUUUAGAUUUUUUGGGAUGUUCACGUUAAUCAUCAUCCAAGGAACACCAUACUGACGGAGAAGCAUGGUUUUCUUUAGCUGGGUCAGGGGUACUUGUCGAUAGAUAGGAAAAUUAGAUAUUGUGGCACAUACAUUUCUGUUGCUUCCCUUUCAAAAAGAUGGAAAUGAGGCAUUUCAUAUUUCAGCACAACAAUCACCAAAUCACACAUCAAAAUGAACAAUUACAACCCUUCAGAAAAGGAUAAAGUCCCUGAAUUGCCCAGCCAAAGCCCAGACUUCAAUCACCUAGAAAGAACCAUACGCAGGAGAUUUUAACACAUUUUAAAGGAAUUUGAACAUUUUUGUAAAGAAGUGUGGGAUCGAAAAUUCUAAAGUAUAGAUGUGGGAAGCCAUAAUUCAUAAUAAGUCACCAUAUUUAUUAAAUCUCUUUUUUUUUCAGGAUUUUUGUUUGCUGAAAGAUCAUAUUAAAGCUGUAAUAAGUCUUUAAGGUAUUUCUGUCUUUAUAUUUAAAAAAAAUAGUAUUAUUAGUAUAUAUUACUGAUGUUGCCACUGUCUUAUUUAUUCCAUUUUAUAUUUGAAUUUAUUUCUGGUUAUGACUUUUAUGUACAUGAGUAGUCAGUAUUUCAUCUGUUUGACCCAAUGUUUAUCCCUUUGUGUAUGUUUAUUUAUGCGUUUAAUUUAAAAUGAUAUAAAAUGGUGUGAAUAAGGUUAUAAUGCUUUAUAAUGCUCAUAAAUCAACAAACAUGGAUCAUCAUUUAUGUGUGUGUGUGUGUGUGUGUGUGUGUGUGUGUGUGUGUGUAUAUAUAUAUAUAUAUAUAUAUAUAUAUAUAUAUAUAUAUAUAUAUAUAUAUAUAUAUAUAUAUAUAUAUAUAUAUAUAUAUAUAUAUAUAUAUAUAUAUAUAUAUACAUACAUACAUACAGGUAGUCGUCGACUUACGACCACAAUUGGGACUGACAAAUCGGUCAUAACACGAUUUGGUCGUAAGUAGAGUAGGCUAUAUGUACAGUACUGUAAAAUGAUGCUGGAAGCUGGUACGCACUGUCGUACGCUGCGGCUAGCGAUUGUGGUCGUAAAGUCGAAUGGUGGUAAGUUUAUAUAUAUACACAGUUUGGUGAAGAAGCAUGUGUGACUGGAGAAGUCCACUGUUCCAAUACUUUUGCCACACAGUGUAUGUCUAACCUUUUUAUAUUUAUACCUUAUUGAAAAAGGCUUUAACCUGAACAUUAAAGAUGAUCACAUGCCUCGUCUCUUUUACUUCCUCUAUUUUAGCAAACAAAACCGAAGAGCAAUGGAAAGUGAAGUCCGAUUAAUCAAAUGAUUCCCAAAAUCAGCUUUAAAUCCUAUUCAGUUUAUUUUAAGAGUAGUAGGGUAGUAACAUGAAUAAAUGAAUAAACAUCAGUAUAUCCUCAUCAAUAAACAUGAGCAAUGGCAGUAUGAAUGCGAAGCUUUUAUCAGCACAAGCUGCAGCAACUGCACAGUGCAUUUCCACUGAUUAUAGAAUCUGCUAUACAUUUUUCCUUUCAUAAGAAAACAAACUCAAAUUCCUCAAGCUCAGAUUCCUCAUUUUCAGAUUCCUCAAACUCAGAUUCCAAGUUUCAUAAUCAUUUGGUUCAACCGUUUUUGUCAAAGGAAACAUUACGAAUUUUUAGUUUUGAACAAUACAGAAAUAGAGUUUGCUUUAUUUUCACCUACAGAACCUUCUUUCAUUUCUGUGAUCUCUGGAUAAUAAACUGGCCUGUAAGUAUUCAAUUACAAAUAAAACAUUAGUGUCAAGAA